UAGAGCGCACAGUGUGAUCGACCAUUAACUCGCAACUGACCGUCAAGCUAGGACGCAUGAGUCAUUGAAAUUGCAUAUAAAAUGUUUGUUUUGGUGUCCAAAGUGUUUCUUCUCCUCAUAAUUUCUCAUGUACAGAGUGUUCCUAAGAAAGUGAAGUCAUACUCGGAGCUAAAGUCUUGUGAUAUCGGCGACUUGGCAGAUGAAAUAGCCUCUUAUGAUACGGUCGUCAAAGAUAUAAUAGAUUACGUCGUGAGCGGUCCUUUCAAAGGGAAGACUUAUGAUGAACUCGCAAAAUUUGUAGAUAGGUUUGGAGCUCGUCCAUCUGGGUCUAAAGUUCUCGAAGAUUCCAUUGAUUAUAUGAUUCAGCUAACUCGGGAGGAGGAAAUAAAACACGUUGUUACAGAAGAUGUAGAGGUACCACAUUGGAUAAGAGGAACAGAAAAAUUAACCAUGGUUCAUCCCAGAAUAAAAGAUAUCGCGUUAUUAGGUCUUGGAAAAAGUGUGAGUACACCACCAAAUGGCAUUUCAGCAGAAGUUGUAGUUGUACAUAACUUCGACGAAUUAGAAAAAACACCAGAUAAAGAUGUGGAAGGAAAAAUUGUUCUGUAUGAUCCAAAAUUUACAACUUAUGGUGAAACUGUAGUAUACCGAUCUCAAGGUGCUGCGAAAGCCGCAGCAAAAGGAGCCGUUGCAUCGUUAGUUCGAUCUAUUGCCCCAUUUUCAAUAAACACACCACAUACAGGAUCACAAUAUUAUGACGAAAAAAUAAAAAAAAUACCUGCAGCUGCCAUAUCUCUUGAAGAUGCAGAUUUAAUAAGGAGAAUGUAUAAUAGAAAAGAAAAAAUUGUCUUAAAUAUAACAAUGUCCUCAACACUUGAAACAAAAAUCUCAAGAAAUACACUUAUAGAUCUUAAAGGAACAAAUUAUCCUGAGAAGCUAGUGAUAGUUUCCGGCCAUAUUGAUAGCUGGGAUGUUGGACAAGGAGCGAUGGACGACGGAGGUGGUCUUUUUGUUAGUUGGGCAGCACCUGUUGUUUUAAAACGUCUAAACUUAAGACCAAAAAGAACACUUAGAUCUAUUUUUUGGACAGCUGAGGAACUCGGUCUUAUUGGUGCCUAUGCAUAUGAAGAAAAACACAGAAAGGAAAAUCAAAAUAUUAAUUUCAUAAUGGAAUCAGAUGAAGGCACAUUUGCUCCUAGAGGUUUGGUAGUAGCUGGUACUCCAAAGGCACGCUGUAUUGUGGCUGAAAUUUUGAAACUUUUUGAAUCUGUAAAUGCCACUACAUUGGUGGAAUCUGAUAGUCCUGGAUCAGAUAUUGCUGUUCUUAUUCAAAAAGGUAUUCCGGGAGCUAGUCUACACAAUGCUAACGAGCGCUACUUCUGGUUUCAUCACACCGAAGGAGACACGAUGAAUGUGGAAGAUCCAGAUGAACUUGAUUUAUGUACUGCCUUUUGGACUGCUGUGGCUUAUAUUAUAGCUGAUAUUUCCGCUGAUAUUCCUCGAUAAUAAUGUUGUAAUAUAAGUGCCAAAAUUGAAAAAAAUAAAGUUUUGUGAUUU